AUAUAUAUAUAUAUAUAUAUAUAUGAAUCUCGGGUGAAUUAUAAUUUUGAUCGAAUCGAAAUAUGUUACUGAUUUUUAUAUUGUUCGUGAAUUGCUUAGGAUCUACGGAUCUACCAACAAACUAUGAAUAUUACACAUCUUCAGGCAUAGUUUCGGGAAUAUCAACUAACGAAACACAUUUCUUUCUCAAUGAAAAACCCAUCUUCAUCUACAGUGGUUCCGUUCAUUACUUUCGCAAUCCAAGGGCGUAUUGGAAAACUAGAUUAGCCCAAGUUCGUUCCGCUGGUUUGAACACAGUCGAAACGUACAUUCCUUGGAAUUUACACGAAUACCAAAACGGUAGUUAUGAUUUUGGCGGAGGGGGUUCUGAAAUGCAAGACUUCUUGUAUAUCGAGGAAUUCCUUCAAUUGGCGCAGAGUGAAGAUUUGUUCGUUAUUUUGAGACCCGGACCGUUUAUAAGCGCCGAAUAUAAUUUUGCGGCGUUUCCCAGUUGGUUGUUACGGGAAAAACCAAUGGGCUUUAGAACCGACGAAGCAAAUUAUAUCAAAUACGUUUCCAGAUACUACAAUGUACUUUUACCGAUUCUGGCGAAGUAUCAGUUCACGAAAGGAGGUCCAAUUAUAGCGUUUCAAAUAGAAAAUGAAUACGGAUAUACAGGUUAUCAAAAUUUCGCUCCGUCUCGAAAUUAUUUAGAAAUACUUCGGCAAUUAUAUUUAGAUAAUGGUAUUGUUGAGCUGCUGGUAACUUCGGACAAUCCAAUCGGACGUGGAGAUUCUGGUACUUUACCUGGCGUACUUCUUCAAACGGCUAAUUUCGGGGAUUCACCGGAACCGUAUUUUAAUAAACUAAAGCAGCUACAACCCGAUAAACCUUUAAUGGUGAUGGAAUUUUGGAUUGGAUGGUACGAUUAUUGGACAAAUAAACAUCAAACUAGAACUCCUGAAUAUGUGAAGAGUGUUUAUGAAGCUAUCGUCAAAUAUCCGGCUUCUGUCAAUAUCUAUAUGUUCCAUGGUGGUUGUAAUUUUGGUUUCGGAAACGGAGCUAUACUAAGUAACGAGCUAUUAGAUAACUCCGGGUUCCUUCCAAUGACUACCAGUUACGAUUAUGACGCGCCUUUAGACGAAGCGGGCGAUUAUAGACAGAAAUUUUUCGACGUUCGAAACAUUUUGUCUGUUUAUAAUCCUAUAAAAACCCGUCUACCAACACCUCCGGAAAUACUUGCUCGUAUUGCUUAUCAGAACAUCGCCAUCAAUCGCCAAAUCAAACUUGGCGACGUUAUCGCCAACGAACCGCCGAUGGUGUUAGAAAGCGAGAACGUAACGGCGAUGGAGAUGCUCGACAUAAACUCGAAUUCCGGUCAAAGUUACGGGUAUAUAGUUUAUCGUAAGGAAAAUAUAGAUUUGGAAGCCGGAACUGUCUUGAAAAUUGGAGGACACGUCUGUGAUACCGUCGUGGUUUUGGUUAAUGGUGUUUUAGUUUCACCCGCGCUAGAAUCUUCUGCAGAUUUAGACGGUUUCGGAUAUUGGAGAUUGGAAAAUUCCACUUUAAUUAUAAAUCGAGAAGCAAUUCAAGAUGCUACGGUUGAUAUAAUUGUAGAGGAAUGGGGAAGGAUGAACGGCGGCACCAUUUUCCAGUAUAACCGAACGUUGAAAGGAUUGUGGCAAGGGGAUGUUUAUUUCAACGAUAAACAAGUCUUAAACUGGAAGAUCGUACCUCUGGAAUUCAAAAAACAGUGGAACGACAAUCUUUCCUCCUGGAAAUCAGUUGAUUCGAAAGUAGGUCCUGCUUUAUACGGAGCAACUUUAAGUCUUGGAACGGAUAUAAGAGAUACGUAUAUCGAUAUGAGAGAAUGGGUUAAAGGUCUGGUUAUAGUAAACGGUUUUCCUGUUAGAAAGUAUUUUAUGUUAGGUCCUCAACAAACUUUGUAUCUACCAGCGCCGUUUUUGCAUGAAGGUGAUAAUCAUAUUGUUGUAUUUGAGCAUUUCAAAGCUAGCGAUAAGUUGGUAUUUAGCGAUAAACAAAUUUAUUCGAAUCAGUAAUAAAAAAUUUAAAUUUA